AUGUAUGCUUCAGAGCACAGCAGCACAGCAGUGGGGGCUGACAUUUUGGAGAAAAUGAGAAUCACCAAAGAAAAGGAUCCAGAGAACUUGUACCUCGCAGUUCACUACCUCGACCAAUGUGCUAAGAAAGGAGAAAGAAUUGAAGAUGAAGCACGUGAGCUAGCCAGGGAGGUUUUGAGAAAUCCUGUCAGCAGCUACAGUGGUAUUAAACCAUUACUUAUUGUUUACAGAAACUAUUUAUCUGUUGAUGAGGCCAUUGAUUUGGCAGAGGAGGUUCUGAGAAACCAUCCAGAUGAGCGUUAUCUGAAGGGAUGUGCUGCACUCUGCUACAAAUGGAAGAUCUUUGACAAUGACAGUGUCCCAACACAAAGCCUGAUGGACAGAGCAAUCAGUCUCCAUGAAGAGAUGAUUUCUCUUUACCCUCAUUCCUCACUUAAGAAGAAAAUAGACCUUGCAGAUAUAUAUGCAAAGUCAAUUAAUGGCCUAGCUAAAGCUGAGCAGAUAUACCAGGAACUGCUAGAAAGGGAUCUUGAACCUGUAGAUAAACAGAUGCUUUACUACAACUACGCACAACAUUUAAACUUCCAUGGACAGGAUCGCAACAGGUCACUCGGAUAUCACAUGCAGGUGGCAGAGAUACGGCAACAAUCCAUCUUUCGUGAGAAAAGCUUCAAAGUUCUGGUGAACAGUAGAGACAGAGGCGGGGGCAGAAUGUGUAGAGAAAUAGAGGAGUUUCUGGAAAACCUGCAAGAGCCAUAGUGUUUUUAACAGCACUGGUUCUGAAUCCAGAACAAAAAUAGGUAUUGCAUUAGCAAUAACCUUUGUAUAUACUUAUUAUUUUGAUUACUUACACGUUAAAUAAGUUGCACGUUUUUUCUCUCUUGGUCGUGUUGUCCAGAAGGCAGCAACACCCACACUCGGAACAUGUAAUAUACGAUCAACUCAUUGUUGGUUUUAGUCUAUAAAUGGCUAACAAACAAAAGAACCUGUAUAUUUUGAGCUGUCUCCUUUUAAGGCAGGUUUCAACAAGUGUUCAUUGAAGACAACACAUAUCUAAAUACCUAUACAUUAGCACUGAAAAACUGCCAGCUGUAGUACACAAGUACAAAUGUGUUGUAAAUGUUAGUGAAUAAUAAAACUUGGAUUUGUAAUGCA